GUCCACCACACCACCGCCGCCGCAACAGCCACCACCAGCAACACACAGCAGCCAAGCGAAGAUGUCGGGUCGCGGCAAGGGAGGGAAGGGGCUGGGCAAGGGCGGUGCCAAGCGCCACCGAAAGGUGCUACGUGACAACAUCCAGGGCAUCACCAAGCCGGCGAUACGCCGUCUGGCUCGGAGGGGCGGCGUGAAGCGCAUCUCGGGGCUCAUCUACGAGGAGACCCGCGGCGUGCUCAAGAUCUUCCUCGAGAACGUCAUCCGCGACGCCGUCACCUACACCGAGCACGCUCGCCGCAAGACCGUCACCGCCAUGGACGUCGUCUACGCCCUCAAGCGACAGGGACGCACCCUCUACGGAUUCGGCGGCUAGGCCCCGCGAAUCGAGCCCACGCCAACAGAUUAGUUGCUGUAGCUAGCUAUGGUUGUGUAGUGUUCAUGGUCUUUGAUGUGGUGGCCGCAUCUCGCUGCUUUGAUGUGAUUUUUGUCAGAUGUUACUAAUUUCAGAUUGGUCUCUCGCUCUGUAAUUUGUCGCCUCCUCAAAUCAGUCGUGUUGGCUUCAGUGAUUCUAGCCAUCCCUGCA